AUGACGAAUGUGACGUCGUGGUCCGCCGAGGACGUGGCCGACUGGCUGAGCAAAGAGGGCAUGCCGGAGUACGCCGACGCCCUCCGCCGGACGAACGGCAGUGCCCUGCUGCGGCUGACGCGGGCCGACUUCCAGGCGCCGCCGCUCCUGCGGGUGUCGUCGGAUAGUGGGCAACGUCUACUGGAGCGCCUGGAGACGCUGCGGAUAGAGAACCACAUGGAGGCGCACAAGAACGGCCACGCCAACGGACACCUGCCCAAUGGGACGGCGAAGGCACUGAGGAAUGGCGCGGCGAGGACGGCGGAGAUGGUGCAAAUUCCCAUCCCUCCUAUGGAGACCUCGCGCACCUCCUUUCCGCCCGAGUGGAGCAAGACUGGCGCGGCAUUCUUGUACGCCGUGGUGUGCUUCGUCACCACCACCGUGGUCAUUUCGGUGGUCCACGAGAGGGUGCCGCCCAAGGAGCACACUCCGCCAUUGCCGGACAAGUUCUUUGAUCUAUUCAACAGAGUGGAGUGGGCCUUUUCCAUCUGCGAGAUCAACGGUAUGCUGUUGGUGGCACUGUGGCUCGUACAGUGGCUUCUCCUCAAGCACAGGUCAAUCAUAGGCAGGCGCUUUUUUUUCAUCGUGGGAACACUCUAUUUGUAUCGGUGUAUUACCAUGUACAUCACCACUCUGCCUGUCCCUGGCAUGCACUUCAAAUGCUCUCCUAAGCUUCUGGGCGACUGGGAAGCACAGAUGCGGAGAGUGAUGAAAAUGAUCGCCGGCGGUGGCCUUUCCAUCACGGGCUCACACACCCUGUGUGGAGAUUAUCUGUACAGCGGCCACACAGUCAUACUAACGUUAACGUACCUCUUCAUCAAGGAGUAUUCCCCCCAACGGUUCUGGUGGUACCACUGGAUCUGCUGGACGCUGAGUGCAGUGGGCGUCUUCUGCAUCCUUCUGGCCCACGACCACUACACUGUAGAUGUGGUGGUGGCCUACUUUAUCACGACCCGCCUCUUUUGGUGGUACCACACUAUGGCCAACCAGCAAUCGCUUAAAGAAACAUCAGUCAGCAAUCCCUUCUCGCGGGUGUGGUGGUACCGACCCUUCCAGUACCUGGAGGAGAACAUCAACGGCGUGGUGCCGCGUUCUUACCAGCUGCCGCUGUGGCUGCGGAAUGUCCAGUGGAACCGCGCCAUCAAGUACAGCCGGCUGGAUGUGCAUUGA